GUUUUAUGUUGAUGUUUAAACAGAAAGGACGCACAUAAAUGUGAUAAAAGCAUUUGCAGCAUUUUAGUACAAUGGCGAAGUCUAAGAAAGAAAUCCGGUCGAAAGUUAUGAAGGAGGGUGAGUUCAUCCCACCCGACGGGGGAUGGGGCUGGAUGAUUGUGCUCGCUGCUGGUUUUUCUAACUUGUUCGCGUUGCCGAUGCUGCAGCAGUUCGGUCUCCUGUUCCGCGACAAGUUCGCUCGGCUCGGCAUCAGCAGCUCGGAGACGACUACAAUUAUCAACAUGAAUUCGGCGCUUACCUCUUGCGUCGGUUUGGCAAAUGGACCAGUGUUCAAAACGUUCAGCUAUCGUCAAGUAUCUCUCACGGGGGCGGUCGUGGUCUUCAUAUCUUUACUUUUGACAACCUUUUCUUACAAUUUCAUGACAUAUUUAUUGUCAUUUUCAAUACUUUAUGGUGUCGGAUAUGGUAUUAGCAGUUCAGCGAACGCCCUCGCAUUAAAUACAUAUUGGAAAAAAAGAAGGCGAUUAGCUACUGGUCUAUCAUGGACUACAACAGGGAUGGGGCCCAUGCUAUGGCCGCAUAUAAUAACAGGACUAUUUGCUCUUUUCGGAGAAACUGGAGCAAUUUUUAUAAUAAGCGGACUCUCACUCCACGCAAUAGCUUGCGCACUUCUAUUACAACCAGUGGAGUGGCAUUCCAAAUCACCGAAAGAAAUAGACGAGGAGAAGUUGUUAACACCAGACCUGCUAAAUGACCAUAAAAUGCCUGAAGAGAGUGGUUAUUUCAGCCAAGUCUCUAAAAUUAAAAAUCUAAGCGUAUUUUCCAGCCAAUACCUUUACAAUGAAGAUGAUCCGGUAACUCCUGGUUAUGAAAUUACGGACCCCGGCAUCCCGAUGAUGUUAAGAGCUAAUGAUGGAUACUUCAGUCAGUCGAGGCAAUCGAAAAGUAGAAUGUCUUCUAGAGAUGGCUCCAAUCGAAACUCACGCCUUAACUCCAAGAAACCCUCUAUGUCCAACUUACUUGAAAAUAGAUCAAGAAAAUCUUCCACUUUAUAUCUUAACGAAUCUAAAAAGAAUUCAUCUGCAAAUUUAGGUGCACUAGUUCAAGAACGUGAAGGGUACAAACCAAAACGUAAAACGUCCAUCACAUUGGAUACUCAGAUUCCAGAAUCCGAAAUAGAAGAUUGCCCUACACUUAAAGCUCCCCAAGAUUUAAAAGCAGAGGAAAAAGCUGCAGUAGAGAACAUAGAUCCAAAAGAAGCAAAAUUUAUAGCUGACAGAGCUGAAAAACAUUUUGCAGGCAGUAAAAGUAUUAAAUCGUUCAAAAUGGACGGUCAAUAUGGAGAAAAAUAUAACAAAGAUAAUCAUAGCAAUGUUUCUUUUAAAAAUCAAGAAGAAAACGAUGAAAAGAAAUACCUCAAAGACAAUCACAGUAAUCAAUCAAAUCGUACGAGAAAUCGUAGGAAAUCGAAUAACUUUAAUUAUGAAAGUGAAGUUCUUAAGCAGGCUUCAUUAAAAUUAGAACAGUACUUAAAAGAAAGCGAAGAUAAGUCUCAAAGCGAUAAAUUUAAGCUUCUGAUAAACAGUCCCGUAGAAGAUGACGUAUUUGACGAGAAGAAAGAAAAGAUAAAAGAACAUGAAGAUGUUGAAGAAGAACUAACUUUUUGGCAGAAAGUAGCGAUAUUUUUCGAUUUAGACCUAUUACAGGAUUUUACUUUCAUUAAUUUAAUGUUGGGUAUAACAUUAGCAAAUUUUAAUGAACUGAACUUUUCUAUCCUUACUCCAUUUAUUUUAGGAGAUUACGGUAUGACAAAACCACAAGUGGCAUUUUUUAUGUCACUGUUAGCCGGAGUUGAUCUUUGCGUUAGAUUUUGCAUUCCAUUUAUUGCUGGAAAAAUUGGAUGGGACAAUAAUUCCUUUUUCCUUUUUGGAGUAUUAUCGAUGGCUUUAGGUAGAGUAGUUCUAUCUUUCUGUCAAACAUAUUCAGUAGUGCUCCUGGUAGCAGUUAUGAUAGGUUUCGGCAAAGGGUUUCGAACUGUGUUCAUGGCUCUAGUCAUUCCAACUCACGUACCGCUGCACAAGUUACCAGGUGCUACGGGCAUACAACUGCUUACCGCUGGAAUAGUAUAUCUAGCAUUGGGACCUGUAGUUGGGUGGAUCAAAGACAAUACCACAACUGCAGUGACUCUGCAUUGUCUGAACAUCUUCACCUGGCUGACGGCAUUCUCAUGGGGCUUAGAAAAAUAUAUCGCAAUGAAACGUCAGAAAAAUGCAAAAGAAGACGUUACUAAGACUUAAAUACAAAGUACAUUGUGAACAUUAGUAAAUAGGUUAAAUGUGUUCUAGAAUUCGUUGAUUGUAUUCGUUCGAUUAAAAAAAUGUUAAUUAGACGAUGUCGAAUGCCGCUGGAGGUCAGACGAAAUGUGACGUUGUGUCAAUUAUUUAUCUAUCAUGUGUUAAGUUUAUUGUUUCUUAAGUUAUGUUUGUGAUAAAUGUUUUAUUUAGUUCGUGUUUAGAUUUGUGUAACUACGCGAUGCGUUUAUAAACGUAAAAAUUUUAGUGCCAAUUAGAUGUUUCAUUUUAUUAAUGAGAUUAUAAUUAUUCUAUAAUAU